AUGUUUGUCAGUGUGGGAUCUUCAAGCAUGAACAACACCACUGGAUUACCGGAGGACUUCAGAAUUGCUCUUCUGGUUUUAUACAUAUUCAUCUUUCUCGCCGGAACCCUGAAUGUUUUACUGAUGUCCUGCAUGCUACAGGUCCAAAGUCGUCUCUCUUUCACCAAAGUAUCUGUGAUCAACUUAAUAGCAGUCCACGCAAUUUUCCUCCUCACGGUACCAUUUCGAAUUUACUAUUACGCUUCAGGCACCUGGGCUCUGGGCAUAGAUUUCUGCAAAAUUGUCAGUCUUAUGAUCCAUGCCCACAUGUAUCUUGCGUUCAUCUUCUAUGCUAUCCUUCUUAUCGUGCGUUUUCUAGAGAACUGUGAGCUCCAGCACACGCUUGAGUUUCAUCGCCUUCUUCAUGCCUUGACUGCAAGCGCAACAGUCUGGUUGGUCAUAUUCGGCUCUGUGUUUCCCGCAACUUUAGCAAACUAUGGCACCUUGCAGAACGAUUCAACUCACUGCUUUCAUUUCAAUAAUGAAAUCACGAUUCCUGCUGUGAAGACAUUUAACUAUAUUAUUUGCAUACUAGUGAUUCUGAUUUGGUGCGUGCUGGCAUCAUUCCAGGUUUAUUUUCUGCUCUAUGUGUUUAAGACAUUUGGGAAGUCCAUAUAUCAUCGUCAAGAGUUCUGGGCACAGAUGAAGAAUGUCGUUUUUCUGUCGGUUAUGUUUUUUUGUUUUGUGCCCUAUCAAGGGUUUAGAAUUUAUUUUGUAAGUCAGUUUGAUAUGAAAAAUAAUAACAUAAACGAGGUAUUUCUUGCUGUCACUGCUUUUAGUUGCUUCGAUAUGAUUGUGUUUGCUGGAAGAGAUAUUUGCAAACUUAUCCAUUUUAAAGGGUUGUUUUAAAUUCAUAUAACAUAGCGUCUGUGUUGACUUCAUGUGUUUCUGGAUGGUUCCUGAAAUAGUGUGAACUGAUUUCCAUUUCUUUUCCUUUGUUUUGGAUUGUUUAGUAUGACCUGUUGAUUUUUUGAUUUAUAAUAACAUUUGUAUUAAAUCUACAUAGUAUUUAUUUGUGCAAGACAUGGACACAGUUUUUAUAUUUAUAUGGUGGUCAAGUCUGUGGGACCCGUUUUCAUUUUUUUUUUUUUCAAUAAAAUUGGUACAGUCAUUAUUAUUUUCAAUCUCAGACUCAUUGACGUUGGCUCAUUUUCUAUGAUGAAGAUAAAUCAGAGCGCAUUCUCAAUGACCACACACUUCAAUUGUGGAUGUUUAGGUCCACUAGACCCAAGGUAUAAGUAAGUGUGAAAAUUGUAGGUGCUGGGUACCUUAUUGUUUUAAUUGAAUUCCAUGUAAGUUUGUUGCAAAUAUUGUUUCAAAAUAAUUUACAAAAUGUGGACAUUAUUGCAUUACAAUCAAUUUAAGUUAAUGUUACAA